CCCAGCUGGAGAAUAAUAACAACCGGACAUGGACCACUGCGCUUAUGGUACAUAGAAAAUGUUACCGAAACUACUAGCAUUUGAUUUCAUGAUCCCAGUACAAUCAAUUUUACGUCUGCUAUGGAAUAUGCCGUAAAAUAUGGCGCCUUAAGGAAGAUGUACGAAUUUCUCGAAAAGGGCAAUGGGGGUUACGUGACAAUUCUGACAUCUCUUUUCAUCGCUAACCAACACAUCGUAAUAUUAAUCGAUCUGCUUAUGUAAAUGACGCAGUAACACCGCCGAUCGCUGACUGGCGGGAAAUUUAAAACUUUUGCACUUUAAUGGAUAACUCCAAUUUUGAGUUGAAUAUGUUUUCAAAUCCUCGAUACCACUUGUUCUGAUGAUGUUUAUCUUUAGUCUGGAAGUCAAUUCGUGAUAUUUCAAGGUUUGAUAUUCCCAGGCUAUGGAAAGUAUGGUUGAGGAAAAUGGAUCAGCUGUUGACCCAUUGUCUGCAGGUUCUCAAAGCGGCGAUGCAGCACCAGCAAUAGCAACAUCGGUACAAUCUCUCAAUAGAACACAGCAGCAAACUCAUCAUCUGGUAGCUUCUACCAGCAUUGUGCAACUGACACUACCUACGUCAGGAACAACACAGGUACAAUCUGUUAUACAGCCUAAUCAACAAUCAGUAAUUCAGACUGCAACAAAUAUUCAACCUGUUGCUAUUUCAAAAGGAAAUGUCAUUCUUGUCAGUAAACCCAACUCCGUUAUACAAACAGCUCAAGCAAGUUUACAAACACUUCAGGUGGUUGAGACUGGUAGUGAUGAUAGUUUCUCAGAUUCAGAAGAAUCUCCAGAACAAAGAGGAGGUAUCCUUACCAGACGACCAUCAUAUAAAAAAAUUCUUAAUGACUUAGGUGGUGGUGAAAUUACUGACGGUCGAUUGCCCCCUCUAGAAUCAUCUUCUGAGUGUGAUUCUAACGUGGACAGUGAAGUGUCUUCCCAUUCGCUUCAUUAUCAGACAGUAAUUCCUGCUGGUACCAUUCAAAUUGCAACCCAAGGCGAAGGUGUUCCUGGACUUCAUACACUAACUAUGAGUAAUGCAGCAACAGCAGGUGGAGCUAUAGUACAGUAUGCACAAGGGCAAGAUACACAAUUUUUUGUUCCAGUCUCUGACAAUGUUUCAGCUUACACAGGACAUGGUGUCGUAGUAGAAGAUGCAGCUAGAAAAAGAGAAUUGAGGUUGCUCAAAAAUAGACAAGCAGCCCGCGAGUGUAGAAGAAAAAAGAAAGAGUAUAUAAAGUGUUUAGAAAACCGUGUUGCAAUACUGGAAAAUAGAAAUCAGACGUUAAUAGAAGAACUCAAAUCAUUAAAACAACUAUGCGAACCGAAAACUGACUGAGGUUGGUGUUUAAUGUUGAAACAUUGUAUGAAAACUAUUAACUUGCUAAAAAAAAUUGUACAUGUCUUCUUUGUGUACAUUAUCUUAAAAGUUGUUAAGUAAGCAAUGGUGAUGUACAUGCAUUCUUAUAAAUAAGUGUUUCUGUAACAUACUGUAUUUAAAAUGCGAAUAUAAAGGCUUGUGAAACUUGCUAUUACUAAAGCGAGAAGCCAAAGGUAUAUGAAAUGCAGAGAUAGCAAACUUAUAGGCAAUAUUCUGGAAGUCAAUCUAUAUUUUGGAUAAUCAUAUGAAUUUAGGUUAUUAAUGAUUACAUAUUCAAAAUAUGUUAAUAAGAAGAUAAUGACAUUAGUGUUUGGAGCAUAUUCAUUUAUAUUACAGUAACUAUGUGAUGUCAAAUGAUAUAUUUAAAACUUUCAAUUAUACAUAAAUAUUAUAUUCUUAUGUUUGAUUCUAUUUGAAAAAUUUUACAUUAGUAAAAAAUGAAGAGCAUUAUAAAAAAAAUAAGGAGAGUGUAUUUAUUUUAGUAAUCAAUUUAAUAUAAAUAAUUGAUCACUAAAAAUACACAUAUUUGAAAGAAACGCCUUAUACACAAUAUUUGCUAGUAUAAUUAGGAAUUAGAGACAGUUAUAAAUUAAGAUCACAUAGUUUCUGCAUUAAAAAAAGCAUAGUUAUUAGAUAACAGUGUCUAUAUAAUUUUUUUUCAAUUUCUUUAUUCUUUUAUACUUGAAAAAAGUAGAUCCAUUAAAAAAAUGAAUCUAUUAGAAGUAUUUGAGGCAUAAUUAAAGAGAUUAGAGAUAAUUGUAAAAAGAUAAAUAGAUCGAAAUUCUACUACUUUGAUCAUUGCUGCUGCGACAUAUAUAUGUAUAAAAUGUUAUCUCAAUAUAAUUUUUUACUUUAAAUACGAACUUCAGAAACAUAUUAUGAAAAAAAUGUAACUUAUAUAAUGUAGAAAAGCACUAGUUAAAAUAUUUUCAUUUGAUUUUAUUUUUUAUUUUAAGACGCCUUAAGUGCGAAAAACUGAAAAACAGAAUUUGUAAAAUAUGAAUGUAAUAUAUAUAGAUAUAUAUAUAUUUAUAUAUAUAUAUAUAUAUCUGGAGUGCCUUGAAGAUUUCUGUAUACAUAUGGUAUACAAAUAAACAUGCGCAAGUGCGCUCAUACAUAUGCAUACCUAAGUAUGUGUCAAAUUACAUAUUUUAAGUAAAUAUGGGUACAUGCAAUAUUUUUAAAUUACAUAUUAUGUUAUAGUUUUAUGUUCUACGUAAAAAUCGUACAGUUAUGUUAAAAUUAAAAUUUCUAUUCCAAUAUAUCUCCAUAUCUUUUGGAAUUAAAUAAAAUUUUUAAAUUACUAGUAUAAAUUAUAUAAUAUAUUCUAAAUUGCAUAUAGAUAUAAUUGAAUCUAAAUCAUGUUACAGUAGAAAACAGAAUGUAUUACAAUCAAAUAAUUUAUAUAUUAUGAUUUUUAAUAUCAAGAACAAGAAAUUAUUUUUU